GAGUUUCAAUCCUUUAUAAUAAUAAGUCCGUGUAAUAAUAUAUUAUACUAUAUAUAAUCCCCAAAAAGGAAAGCAAUAGAGGCGAACAUAUUGGCCCUGCCGUCCGUUUGAUUAUUACUCAACCCUUCGCCGUCGUAUCUCCGGCUACCAUCAGGUGUUCGUUCGCAAAUAUGAUGAGAUCAGCUUUCAAUUUAACAAGUCUCAACCUCCUGAUACAUAAUAAAGAUUCUAAACCAAGGUUACUUACUGCUCUUUCAUUGGGCAAAUUGAUACCAUUUCACUUGACUUUUUCUGAUGUUUAUCGGCCUUUUACCAAGAGGAUGGGAUGGUCUCUUAGAAGUGCAGCUGAUGACUCCAGUGGGGGAACGAGUGGGGGAACGAGGCUUAUUAGGACUCUCCAAGCUAUUCAGUUCAAAAUUGUUGCCAGAUUAAAGGAGUUGCAAAAAAAUCUGCCUGUCAAAUUAUUCUCUUUCUUGGUGGGAUUCUAUUGUGCAACUGCUUUUGCCACUGUAAUAGGGCAAACUGGUGAUUGGGAUGUACUGUCUGCUGGUUUGACAGUUGCUGUGGUUGAGGGAAUCGGGGCUCUUAUGUACAAGGCUUCUCUUCCUUUAGUCGACAACAUACGCGACUUUAUCAUCAUUUUCAAUUAUUGGAAGGCUGGCCUUUCCCUUGGCCUUUUUCUUGAUUCCUUCAAGUAUUGAAACCUGUUUUUUAGUAGUUGCUUAUGCCUUGGUGAAUUUUUUUCCCUGGCUUAACAGAGAAACGAGCAUUCAUUUCCAGGUACUUGAAAUGCUGAAGGAGCAAGUUUUGUCGGUUUCUUGAUAAAAUGGUUCAAGAGAGAAUUGGACCAAUUUUUGAGGUGCUCUUGCUUGCUGCACGCUGUGGGAUGGAUGGAUAAAACUUGCCUACAUUCCUGAAGAGAUAUGAAAGCAUCUUCCUAUUUGCCAGGCUGAUGAUGUAUACAUUUCAGUCGCUGAUUGAGGCAUGUGUUGAUUCUUGUUUUGUACUGGCCUUUGUACCAUCGUUCUUAGCUUAUGUGGGAAUGACUAAUGAGGGUGAGAUAGAUUGAUAUGAUGGAAAAUGUUGCUAUUGAGGAACCAUGGCAGAACCUCGUUCUUGGUAAUAAUAUGUCAUUGCUGCUUGUGGAAAGAAGAGGAUGGAGGUUCAUGCUUUAAAGCUGGUUUCCCUGGGAUUCAUUUUUAUUAGGACAUAAAUCAAGAUCUUUUGCUGUUGAUGGAAGGGGUUUCUAGACAAAUCUACAUCUGAAAGCAGAGAUGAUGACGAAUUCAACUUCUUUUGAGAAACAUAUUGUUUACUUGAUUCAAAUUCAAUACAAAUGUUAGGGUGAAUAUGACAUAUGUCCCCUGUAAUAAUAAUACAUGUUCGUCGAUAGCUUACUUUUGUUGUACUAUUCAAACUUUCACUUAUCUCCCUUUGUUACAUAGUGAUUGUACAGUAAGUAAAUAUUGGAAUUUUCCUCACU